AUGACACCCAGAGUUCCAUGCCGCUUGACCUCCCUAGGGGCCUCCUUCCCCGCAUCGCGAAGGUGCCAGCAGAGGUCCUUCAGUUCUGCACGCCCGUUGUUUAGGGAGAUCCAAGAAGCGUACAUUCUCAGUGGGGCUCGAACACCAACAGCAAAGUUCAAUGGAUCUUUCGUCUCCGUCAGUGCUCCCGAGCUGGGCGCUGUUGCCAUCAAGGCUGCUGUGAGCAAAUCGGGGAUCCCUGUUGAAAAGAUCACCGAUGUCUAUAUGGGCAACGUACUUCAAGGUUCCGUGGGGCAGGCCCCCGCACGUCAAGCGUCCAUUUUCGCAGGUCUCUCGCCUAGUGUCGAGUCGAUGACUGUGAACAAGGUCUGCGCGUCUGGUUUGAAAGCGGUGGCUCUCGCCGCUCAAAACAUUCAACUGGGACUGGCAGAGGCGCAGGUGGCGGGGGGCAUGGAAAAUAUGUCUCGGGUGCCGUAUUAUAUGGCCCGUUCGAGCCAGUUGCCACCUUUUGGCGAAAUCAAGCUGGAAGAUGGUCUUAUCAAGGAUGGCCUGUGGGACGUUUACAAUCAGUUUCAUAUGGGAAUAUGCGCCGAGCAAACCGCCAAGAAGUAUGACAUCUCUCGCGAGGACCAGGAUCAAUACGCUAUCCAAUCGUAUCAACGUGCCCAGCAAGCCUGGAAGGAGGGCAAAUUCGCUGAGGAGAUUGCACCCGUCACGGUCAAGGGCAAGAAGGGAGAGACGGUCAUUGAGCGUGAUGAAGGCUACGAAAAUCUGCGAAUCGAUAAGAUGGCUACUCUGAAGCCUGCCUUUCUGAGGGAUGGAACAGGUACCGUCACCGCUGGCAACGCUUCAACAAUGAAUGACGGCGCCUCUGCUUUGGUACUGGGCAGCAAGGACAUUGCCCGCGAGUUCGCAAAUAGCAAUCGUCUGCUGGCCCGGAUUGUCUCUUCUGCUGAUGCCGCCAUCGACCCCGUUGACUUUCCCGUGGCGCCCGCCAAGGCCGUUCCUAUUGCUCUGGAGCGUGCUGGCAUCACCAAGGAUCAAGUUGCUGUCUGGGAGUUCAAUGAAGCAUUUGCAGCAGUUAUCAAAGCUAAUGAGAAGAUCCUCGGUCUUCAAAACGCCCGUGUUAACCUCCUCGGUGGCGCUAUAUCCCUGGGCCAUGCUCUCGGGAGCUCUGGCUCCCGAAUCCUCAUUACCCUCCUUCAUCAACUUCAGCCUGGAGAAUACGGGGUUGCUGCUAUUUGCAAUGGUGGUGGUGCUGCCACAGCAAUGGUUGUCCAAAAGCUGGAUAGAGUCGAGUGA